AUGGCUUCUUCGGCGAAACGAUCCUGGAAACUUCAGGACUUUGUUGCCCACACUUCGAAUGUUAAUUGCAUAUCAUUGGGGCAUAAGUCAGGACGAGUUUUAGUUACCGGCGGUGAUGACAAAAAAGUUAAUCUAUGGGCCGUUGGAAAGCAGAAUUGUAUAAUGAGCCUGAGUGGACACACUACUCCGAUAGAGUGCGUUCGCUUUGGUCAAACCGAAGAAUUGGUAUGCGCCGGUUCACAAACUGGAGCCCUUAAAAUCUGGGACCUGGAGCAUGCAAAGUUAGCACGUACUUUGACUGGUCAUAAAGCUGGAAUUAGAUGCAUGGAUUUUCAUCCAUAUGGCGAACUACUCACGUCCGGCAGCUUGGAUACUGGAAUCAAGUUGUGGGAUAUCCGAAGAAAAGGAUGUAUUUUUACAUACAAAGGACAUAAUCAGACCGUUAAUAGUCUAAAAUUUAGUCCCGAUGGCCAGUGGAUAGCAAGUGCUGGUGAAGAAGGCAUGGUGAAGUUGUGGGAUUUGAGAGCUGGCAGACAACUACGGCAGUUUUCGGAACAUAGAGGUCCAGCAACGACUGUGGAGUUUCAUCCUCACGAGUUUCUACUUGCCAGCGGAAGUGCCGAUAAAACUGUACAUUUUUGGGACCUCGAAUCUUUUCAGUUAGUUUCGUCCACUGAACAAAAUCAGUCUUCUCCGAUCAGGUGUUUACACUUUAGUCAAGGAGGAGAAUGUCUCUUUGCCGGAAGCCAUGAUGUUCUGAAAGUUUUCGGAUGGGAGCCUGCGCGUACUUUAGACACCAUUCCAACAGGCUGGGGAAAAAUUCAGGACAUUGCCAUUGCACAGAAUCAAUUAAUCGGGGCCUCAUUUCAUACAGCGAAUGUGGUUGUCUAUGUGUGCGAUUUAAAGAAGACUGCACCUUUAGGAGGAAUCCCAUCUCCGGACUCUUCGUUUAGCCAUGGAAAUUCAUUGCGGAAGAGUUUUUCUAGGGAACGUCCCCCAGGCCUUAAAAAGCAUGUGAUGAAUGUAAAGACUACUAUAGAAGAAGCAGAUAAAUCCGGGACUGACCCUGAAGAUGAAGCCACAAUUGCAGACAUACCUAACGUCACGGAAUAUCAAGACAUUUUCAGGCCCAACCGAGCACUGACUCGUACUCCACCACCAGAGCUCGAGGCUUUCGAAGAGCCUCAGGAGAAUGAUCCAACGCAGCCUCAAAUACUUCGGAGCCUUUCGACAUCGCUGUCAAAUUUGAAUGCAACGGAUCAUGACGAAGAGCCCAGAUCACCCUCCCCAUUAAUGCAACCACCACCAACGAUAAUGAAACCAGUUCCCGUGCGAGUGCAUCCCAUAAAAUCUUCACCACCUAUGCAGCGAAACAUGAUUACUUCGACCAGCCAGAUUAGAGCGAAUUUGCAGGCGAAUAAUCUGAACAAGAACUCCAAGAAUCUUACCCAAAUUCCACCCCUUCGACAAAACAUUACUCCGCUGCCAGGGAAAAAGACAGUUUCAAGCAACACACCACCACUGGGUCCUCAGCGAUCAAACUCCACCUUGGCACCAAGAGUUGCACCGAUGGCAGCCAUUUCUCCAGUGAUAGAUGAUGGGAAGAUGAAAAAUCGAGCACCGAGUCCUGACUCACCGAAGCACUAUUUGAAGAGGCAAACUAGCUGUAGGGAAGGAGAAGAAAACUACGAAAGCGACUAUCCUGUACAAAUAAAUAAUAUAAGACAUAGUCCAUCGGACCCAGCUCUGAACCGACCAAACACAGCGCAGUCAAGGUCUACUGCGAUGAGUAGGAACUUUGUUAACUCUUCCAUGCUAUCGGCAAGAAAUCAUGGAGCGAUGAAGAAAGUUAACAAGGCUCAGGUUCAACCGAACCCCAAAGUGGAGAUUAGAAUUCCUCAAGUGAGACCAUCGGUUGAUGACAAAGAGAAAGAUGACUUCGUACCAAUUAAUGCUGAGAGGUCUUAUGGCCUCGAUGUCGAAGACUUUCUGCCAAGUCAUGUGGCGGGUCCGUCGUCGUUAGGAUACACACAAGCUGGCGUACUCCCACAAAUGUCAGAGGCCGAAGUAUUGAACAGCAUGAUGCGUGGCCAUGACUCCAUGAUGGCGAUCCUUACAAAUCGCCAGCGGUCCUUGCAGAUUAUUUAUUCACUGUGGCACAGCAAGGACCUGAAGUCCGCCAUAGAAUCAGCCGUUGCGAUGAACGACCCUGCAGUCAUCGUCGACCUGCUGGGAGUUCUCACGUUAAAGCCAACCAUGUGGAACCUGGAUUUGUGCAACGCGCUGUUAUCGCCGAUCCGGGAGCUCCUACAAAGUAAAUACGAAAUGUACGUCACCGUGGGCUGUGCUGCCUUGGGAUUGAUCCUGAAGAAUUUCGCCCCCGUGAUCAAGUCCAACGUGGAAGCUCCCCUCCACACGAUCGGCGUAGACGUGUCCCGCGAGGAACGGUAUCACAAGUGCCUCUCCUGUUACGAAAAGUUAGGAGCGAUUCGAGAAUUGCUGGCGAAGAAGCAAUCGGCCUCGGGGAAACUUGGAGCCAGCUACAGGGAGCUCUAUGGCCUUAUCAGAACCCUCGAAUGACCGGCAAGGCGGAUCUCGAGACUCCAAGUGACAGACUCCUCUGCGAAAUCACUCGUGCUCUUCUCGUUUCUGACUUGAGCGAGAUAUAUCGGCAUAUCGGCGAAUCUGCCCCGAGCUCCGUUCUAGCCGGAACGGAUCGACGUCGAUCACCGAUCGCUUCUAUCGACCUAUCUUAGGGCCUCUGUACGAGCUGCGGAACAACCGGCACGGAGACCGGGAAUUUAAUAUAAAAUUAUUAAUAGCUAAUAUCGAGCGAGCGACUUAACGAUCUCGAACUCGGACUCGCGAGCUUUCCUCCCGGAGAUGAGAAAUCGACUAAGGUCUUGCCUAAUGUCCUCUCAACGAUUGUGCGAAUUCUCUCCCUGGAGAGCGAGAAGUCCGCAAAUUUGUCGGCGAGAUCGAGCGGAAUGAUCGGUCCACCUCGAUUUUCUCCGAUCUCUGGGGAGUAUCGAGGAACAAAUGGAAGAUCCAUCGAGUCCGAAUUUGCAUGCAUUGUUGUCGGGUAUUUCUCGAGCAACCGAGACGAUCUCCAUGAUAUUCCAAUCACCAGCUGUACCGAGGGUACUAUUUUAAAUAACAAAUAGCAACUAUUUCGAAUAUUCCUGGUUUCCUGAAAUAACGGCGCGUGAAUAUUAAUCUAUAUCUAUAUAUUUUAAGGAUAUCUUUGGAUACGGAUCGCCUUUUGAGUCGCUUAUUUCAGGGAAUUAUUAAAAAAUCCCGCGAAACCGAUCUUGCAAACACUUUUUUCGGCCUGUACAGCGAAUCGCGAUUUGCAAGGGGCACUGAACGGUGCUAGAGAUUUUUUACAAAAUCACCCCGUCCACUUAUUAACAAUCUACGAAUAGUUGUUAUUUCCUAUUUGAGAUAUUUUACUCCGGGGUCUCGGUAUAUCCGACCAAUCGAUAUUUUUUUACCGCGAAAUAACUCGUUGCAUGUGUAAAUUAAGAGGCGUUCCAGGAGAGAGAAAAACGACGUCGACGGAUCGUGUAACGAUUCUCUGUGUCUUGCGGCGGUUCUUCCUCCUCGCGAUGAUUUUUUUUUCUUUUUUUUUCCCCGUCAUUUUGUUUUCUACCCUCCUUUUGUCACCUCGCCGACAAUCGACAGCGAUGGGAAACAAUCUUCGGUGUUCUCCGUGCACGAUUGCGUUGAUCGCUCGUACCUUAAUAAGGCGAACUCGACAUAAUCAGGGCACUGUUGCAGCCUGUGAUAAGAUUAUUGGUACCUUCAUUAAGGACGAGGGGAAACUCGUUUUCGUUCCGUCCAGUGGUUAUUUUUGUAAAAAAGAAGAAAAACGUGCAAAAUGAGAGAGCGAGAGGGAAGAGAGCGAGACGGCGUGAAUUUUUAAAGGCCUGUACAUUUUACGACGCUCUUUGAGAUUUUCGAAUUUUCGACUUUUCGAAUUUUCGCAUUUUCGC